GUCUCAGAAGAAGAAGUGUCAUCCAAGCUUCUGUUUUAUACAUUUGUGCCGGAGCUGAAGACAUUGCCAAUUAAAAUCACGCUCACAGAGGCUGCGAAAACAGGACUACUUACAGGCAAACCAAAUAAGGUACUUGGCACCAAUUUCCAUCAGCCACUUUUGUGUGGUCUCAAUUCUUACACUGUAAAAAAAAAAAGAUGUUGAGUCAACGUAAAAUAGUAAUAGGAUUGUGAAUUUGCAGCUGGUUGCCUUACAAUUGUACGUUGAAUCAAUGUUUGCGUCCAUUUCCACAGUGGUCUCAAACUUUGACUGUAGCUUUUGUUGGUUUUCAAUGCACCUGAUUAGGCAAUCAUCAUGUUUAUACAACCUCAGUUGUCAAUUAGGCACUGUUGAUAUGGGAAUCCGUUUUUCAUUGAGCGAAUCUUUCACACAAUGCCCAUGGGAUUUUCAAUGCUCUUCAAUUCAAGCACUCAGUUGGUGAAUCAAUUUAGUUCAGGCAACCAUGAAGCAAGUCUGUUUGCUCUGUAGUGUAGAAAAAGACUGCACUAUGACAUGGACAGAAUUGCAUCAGGCUUGUAGUACAUGAAGUGUGGUUGUGAACAAUAUCCAGAGGAACUGGCUCAAUAGGUAACCAUAGAAACACAUGUAAAGAGUUCAAACACUCCAGGCCUUUUUUCUUUACCAUGGUAACAUACAGAACACAGGAGAAAGCACAUCAGCAAGGUAUUUAUUUAGAGGCAACCUUAGGAUGCCCUUAGAGAUGAAUAUGAAGGUCUGAGUUAUGCACAUGGAUCUCUAAGAGUCUGUUGUUCAGAAAACCAGCAGAUGUCAGGAGGUUUUUUCAUAGGUGAAUAUAAACUGCAGGUGCACUCUGUGAGCAAACAUGAAGUAGUAUACAGUAUAUAAAGCUGAGUGACAUAAAUGUGAGUUGAUCCUUAUCACGAUCUGAAUGUUCUUUACUACGUUCUCCCCAAUAUUCUCUCCAUCCCUAGCACGAUUAGGACCAAUAAUAGAAUGUGUUGUGCUUACUAGCAAUAACCAUUUCCAGGACUUAAUAUUGUUGGCACUUAAUGCUGUUCAGAAUUAAACUUGCCAUUGAAAACUGCUAUGACAUAGUUCUAUUCAAAUGCAGCUUUACUAAGCAAUAUCCUGUCGUUUUGCAUAACUGUAGUGCCAUUACAGACAACUGAAUUUAAAAUGUACGAUUUUAGAGAUAUCAUAUAUUAAUUUGACAGUAUUACUCAUGUUCCCUCUCUUGCCAUUCAGAUGUUCAAUUAUGAACUAUAGGUUAUAUGCUAGCAUGGAAUGAAUGAGAUAUGUUAUACAAGCCAUUUUCACAUACACAAUGUACUAUUCAGCCAAGACGUAUGAAUGCUACAAAGAAUAAUCAGGAUAAGCAGACUGAAACUAAAGGGGAGAUGAGGGUACAUUCUUGAAAGAGAUAUUGUAGCAAAUGUAUGAAAAAGUCAAACCCAUACAGACAUUUCAAAUGUCGUUAGAGUGGUCUUGCACGUAUUUCAUCAAUGGAAUUGUAAUGAAUGGAAUGGAUUUGAAUUUAUGGAAUGGAAUUUGAAUUUAUGGAAUGGAAUUUGAAUUUAUCGCAGCUUCAAACCUUAUAGAAUGAACUGGCAUUGUGGAUAAAAUAUUCUUAAUAUCAUGGAUUGGUCUCAUUCUAGUCAAUCAUACUGUAUGCUUAUUGGUUUGGAUUAUGCAACAACAACUGUUGUUAAAACAGCUUCUCAUACAGUAGAAGUCCAGCUUUACCUUUUUGAACAUCCAUUUUCCGUACUAUUGAAAGAAAGACAGAAUACAUUAUGUUUUCUCCACAUAAUAAUCACAUUUUAAAUGCAGCAUACAUCCAGUUAACAUCUAGUGAAUCCAGUUAACCUCUGAAAUAAAACACACUGAAAAAACACAAUGAAUGUUUCAUUUCAUUUAGACAGUGAAGAAAGACUUAUAAAUACAUUGAUUUAUUAUGAAAUAACCCUGAGGGUAAUUGUGAUUAUAUGGAGGGCAUACUGUGUAGUCAGUCAGUCAGUCAUCCAGGCCGGGUAUCCCUUCUCCCCUAGAGAAAUGACUUACUAUAAUUGUAAACAACAAAAAGUAUCAGUUAAGCUCUUACUCAACCAGUGGGGCAUGUGGUAGUGCAUGUGUACAGUUCAUGUGGGACAUGUGUUCUGGUAAAAGGAAACCCAGGAGAGAGACACAAUUACACAUCCCGCUCUCGCUUAGGAGCUGGAAGUUAUACACAGGGACUUGCCGAGGUUCACUUCAGGAUUGCUCAGGUUACAGUAACUCAUCUAAGUGGCUCAUCAACGUUUCCUGAUCCUCUGUCAGAAUUUAGGAGUUCCCAAGCAGAAGGUGACUGAAGACACCAUGUCGGACGGAGGGCUUUUCAAGGCGGAGGUGAUCUAUAUCAGGGACUGUGAAAAACGUGGAGCAGGGGACAUGGUCCAACAGGAGACAAAUACUUGGGUAAGUGCGUAUGCUUAUGUUCUACUCUUGCUACUUCAAUGUGAUAAUCACAUUUACAGCAGAACCAACAACAACGCUGAUCAAAAAGUACAUCUUAAAGCUUGUGAUUCAUUUUCUAUAUGUUGCACCUUCUUAGCUUGGGGCCUAUAAAUAAUUUAGUAACUUUAAUAGAAGUUGGGCAAGAAUAUUUUACAAUAGCAAUGCUUUGUCAAGGAUAACAGCUUGACUCCCUUCCAUAUGUGACCAUUUUAAUGACAUAGCUUCUGAGAUUACAUCUAUACAUGGUAAUAAAAAUGACACACAAAUGGCAGAUCAGAAUUUUUUGUUCCAACCCUACUUGCCAUAAUCCAUACUGUUCCAAUUGUUGUGACCUUUGCUUGUACCUUUUUCAACGAGAGAACAUGCCUUCUGAGAUUCCAUUUUUAAAUAGUAUUUUGCGUUACUAACAAAAUGGACAUAUGAAGCUUUGGUUCCAAUCCUGAUUUGAAGUUGGGUCUCAGAUAUGCAAUGUAUUAGUGAUUAUGUAAAAAUCCAGUUUUGUUUACCCUUUUCUAAAUUGUAUUUGCCUGAGACUGCUUUAAUUACUUUGCAAAUGAACGGCAAAAUGUUUAUCUAUCAUGGUUCAAUAAUUCAGAAUUUGAAAUAAAAAAUUAAAUCUACCUCAUUGACAGUCAUCUUCAGUUAUCAUUAGUCGACAAUGUGUUAAUUCAUAUUCAUAGAACCUUUUCACCCCUAUCCCAUGUUUUUUUUCUUCUCAGUUGAUAUCUCCUCCUGAUCACACAACCCCACCCCAGACCCCUCCCCCUAUCAAUGCCCAGGCAGAAAAUACAGCCUACCAUUUUGUAUCCGGGCCCGCUACUAUGGAAACAGCUGUUAACAAACACCAGGGCAUUUAUCAGCAGCAGUGUCACAACACCCCUGUGGGUGCUGAGGUCAGCUCGGGUCUCUUUUUAAAUAGAGCGUCUGACUCCGAUGAGAGACUAAGCCCCGCUAACUCCACAGACCUGUUUCCUGCUUCUUCAAAGAGUCAGAGUCAGGAGUCCAUCCUCUCUGAGAGCUGGGACAAAGACAGGAGCUGGUCUGCACUGCAAAUGUCCCCCGAGACUUCCCGCGCAGUGUCGCCGUGCUCCUCAGUGAGAUCUGGCAUGUUCACCCCCUCUGUGGUGCGAGUCAAGAGACACUCCCUAGAACCUGGCUCCAGUUUAGUCCACAUGCCGCCAACCUGCUUCUCACCACCUUGUUGUGAAAGUCCCUCCUUGUCCCCCUGUCCCCUGUCCCCCCGCUCCCGCCACAGGCCCCCUCCCACGCGGCUCUCCCUGCUAACGGCUAUCCUCCGGAAGGGCCGCCUGCCAGUCCUGUCUCCUACUCUGACUCUACAGAGACCCUACUCCCCCUGCUGGCCCAUUCACCAUGGGACUUCCUGUAAUGCCUGCUCUGCAGCCUCCAGCGUGGCCUCUAUUCCCCUGGAGGUGUUCUCAUCCAGAGCCCAGUCCUCAGCCUCCAUACACAGCCCAGCUCAGAGCUACCGUCACAGGGACGGAUGCGUGUUAGAGUCCCUUAGGUCUGUCAAUGCACCCCCGUCCAUAGAGUCUAAGGAGCUCUCCACCUCAUGGAGAAUGGUUGGCCCUCAUAGCCCACCAUUAAGACAUUCGGAUGAACUGAAAUCAAACAAUGGAAUUAUCUCUGAGAGGGUCACCUCCCCCUCUUAUCGAAGCCUUGGGGUUUCACCAGUCCCACCGUUGUCUCAACCGUUCCCUCAGAACCUCCCCAAACCAGUGGACUACACCAAAGUUCCAAGUCCACCUCUGUACUCAUCACACUCAAGACUCAGACAUCUGUCUCCUGAGCCACUCAACAACUCAGUAAACUCAAGACUUAACUCAUUGUCGCCUGAGCCGAAACCAGUUAAGAACAAGGGGGCUUCUGUGCCCCACAAUUCAAAUCAACCUCUCUAUUUGUCACACUCAAGACUUAAAUGUCUGUCUCCUAACCCAGCUCACGACCAGGGGACCUCUGCAUGUCAACCUCUUUACUCAUCCUUCUCAAAGCUCAGGUCACUGUCUCCCGGACCAGUAAACACCUCAUCAAACUCAACACUCGACUCACUGUCUGCCGAACCUAAACCAGUUAGCAAGAACCUUGUACAUGCUCUGAAUUCUCACCUACGGUCAAAGCUCAGCUUUCUGUCUUCUGCACCUGCUAAUAACCAGGAGACCUUUAAGGCCCUCGUUACGUCUACACCUGAAGUUUCCUCCAUGGGGACCUCUAACAAUCGGGGGACCUCCAUGGGGACCCUUAACACCUGGGGGACCGUAAGGCCACCCGUUUGGAGUCCACUGCCCUACUCAUGUCUUUCCAGGCUGUCUCCUAAACCUAGCUCUCUCUCCUGCUGUGCCCCAGAGGGCCAUCUUUCUGCCCCAUCCCACUCACCCAGUGGCACAGUUUCCUCUGCACAGAGGCACACAGAUGCAAUAUCACCAACCCCAUUACAGAACGGCCUGAAAACACCUCCCCACUCGAGGCUGCAACUCAGUGUCUCCCCAGCCACCAGAGCUUUCCACCUCACUCCCACCCUCUACACACCCCCAGGAUGUCCAUCACCUAAGCCCCCCACUCCCCCCACUACACCCGACCGCUUCACCCUUUCCCCCUCUCCGGCGCCCCCGACCCGUGACCUCACCCCGUCUCCCUCUCUCUCCCUGCGCUCCACGCCCUCUCCAUGCCUAUGGAGGGAGAUGUCAGACUCCCUUGAGACAAAAAGAAAGGUAGCUACUCUGCAUGCUGGCACGCAGUCCAAUCACAUGCCACCUGCAUGAUUAAAGUAAACAAGGACAAAGGAAACUAUUCAUGUCCUGUGACAGACAUCUAGUACUGUAAGGAUGAUUGAGUAUCUGGCAAGAUGCCGCUCGGCUAAACAUGAUCUUGCUAACUUACAACCUCUAACAGCAACUAUAUUGUCCUUGGUUCCCAACUGCCAUAUUUGCUUGUCAGAGUUAGACAGUUAGUCAAAGGUUUUUUCAUGAAAAUGUUGAAGUGUUCACAUGCAUUAUGUCUAAACAGGACUGUAUUGUUACAUUGAGAAAUGUAAUCAUUUUGAAAAUGUCUAGCAUAGGCCAGCCUGGGAAUAGCACUAUAAAUAAGAUUUCGUUGUCUAUUUUUCACAUCCCUCCUCCCAUCCCUCUCAACUCUAGCCACACAAGAUCAAGUUAAGCUACAAAGCCCUCGCUGCAAUUCCCACAAACACCCUUCUGUUGGACCAGCAGGUGAGCACAGUCUGCAGAUGUUUCUGUUGAAAACCCAGUAUCUCUAUCUCAUUGCUAAUUGACAAUCAGCCAGAAACAUGAACAAUUAAACAGCUGCCAAAUUAUGGUUGAUCCAGACACACCUGACCUGGAUCAAUCAGCAGUAGAAACAAUAACACAGUGUUUUCCCUGCCCUUGUUUUGGUAAAAAGCUGACAGAUAGGGCUGGAGAAAUGGAACCACUCAAAAUUAUAGACAGAGUUAUGGAUGCAAGGACUGACCAUCCAUGAUAUCAACAUUACAGUUUUAAUCAUGUUUUGAGGCUAUGUAUCAUUUGUUGACAUUUACUUUGUUUACAAACAAUGGAGUACAAUAUGCUUACAUUUUGGGUUCUGAUGGGGUAUGACAGUUUAACUAAGCUCAUGAGGCAUUUAUCAGUUAUAUUCUUCAAGAAUCAAUGGGUACACAUCAUUAAUUUCCAAAAAUGUAUGCAGUAACUGCUGAUUGCCCCUUUAAGUUCAACAGUGUAUUCCGAUUUUGGGGCAUCAAGUUGAGGAAGGAAAAAUUGAAGCAUUUUGAGUGACUGAAAUGAGUCUGUUUUAAUCAGUAAAAUUGAGGAAUAACAUAAAAUAAUAAAAUGCUUCUUGGAAAGAGUCACUACAUUUAGACAACAUAAUUGGAACGAAUUUAUUUUGUUAAUACAGAAAAUGGUUUACCUUUGAUUUUGCUUGUGACAGUGUUGAUAUACUUCGUACUGAGGAUAGAAGUGGAAGACAGGAAUCUUUACAAAAUGCCUGACAUCCUCAAUCGCUUUACAAAUGUUGAUUCAACAGAAAAUACAUUAAAACAUGCUCCAUUGAAUAACAAAAAAUGUUUGUUAAACCUUGAAGGUUGUCCUCCUCAUUCUGUGUAGAUCACUUGACAAAGGAAUAGAACAUGUACUAUGAAGAAAGAAUUUCAUACAGUAUGUGCAGAUCAGGAAAAUUCUCACACAACAGGGUGAUAAAAUGUAGAUCCUACACCUGUAUGUACUGUACUGUCCUGCAUGUUGUGUCCAUUGAUGUUUUCAUCUCAAUCUAUGUUGCUUUCACAGGCAAUUGAUGAUCAAGUGGACAAAGAAGGAGAUUCACAGGACCCAGUGGACAUACGUAAGCAAGAAGACACACAUGCAGAGGUACAGUACAGUGGAGUACAGUGCAGAACAGUGUGGUCUCUGAUUCCUAAGACACUGUGUACUUAUUAUUAUUGUAAUUAUUUUGUAAAUGUAUUCUAUGAACCUUGAAAAAUACCAGAAAAAUAUAGAUGCUUGAUUGCCACAACUUUUCUUUACACAUUUUGCACAUGUACUGUAGAUGUAUUUGACUUUGAGGCAACUGAGCAUCUGUACUGUAAAAACAAGUCAAAUGUUUUCUCUGAAGUGUUCUGAAACCAAUUUAGUCAGUUCUAAAGUAAAGUGCUAAUUUCUAUUUUAAAACCAUAUAUUGCAGGACUAUCUAGACUGAUGAUAAAGGUCUCAUUUAGAAUAUUAAAGUAACUAUAGCCUUGCCUAUAUACUGCAAGAAUGCUGAUUUAACUGCUGGUUCUCUCUACAGAUGUGUUCCCCUGCACAGUUGCGAAAGCAGUCAAAAGAUCUGUAUGCUGUCAUUGACCAAGUGUUAGAGGACCCCAUUCCAAUG